AUGGCUGCAUGUAAUAAUUUUGUACCUUCAGUAUGGAAAAAAGAUCAGAUCUGUUGUGAUUGUUUUAAAACGAAAGAAGAACAUUCCACAUCCGGAAUCAAGUGUUCAACACACGCUGAAUCGCAAUUACCUCCUGCUUAUGAGCAGUCGACUAUCCAGGCAUCUCCGCAGCUAAUGAAUAUUGUAGAUACACAAGAACACACAGGAGCGAAUGAUAGAGGACAGUCCGCAAAUUCAACCCCGUCGCCAUUUGCACGAAAAACGUCUCUUCUUCAACGGAACAGAACACUGCUGGUACCUACCGAUACUCCUGUAGCUAAUCCACGACAAACUCUAACAGACCAGGUCACCUCGUCUCCAUCAACGGUAUCUGAGAAAGAAACACAAAGCAAGACGGAUGUUGCUCAGUUGAUCCCUUGCCGUUACGGUAUGGCGUGUUAUCGGCAGAAUCCGUUACACUUUGAAAAGUAUUCUCAUCCACCAGGAUUUACACACCAUCAAAAAUCGUCACAGGUACCUCAACUGCAGCAACAACUAGACGUGAAUGCAACAAUAAUCGCUGAUCUUCAGCAACAAUUGAAAGAUCACAAGGAGAAACAAAACCAAGAAAAUACGCAACUACAACAAGAGCUGAAAAGACGUGAAAAGAUAAUUGAACAACGGUUUCAAGAAUCGAUUACUAAUUUACAAAAUAAAACUGAAUAUUACGAAAAAGAAAUUGAAAAAUUACGUGCGGAUAAAUUGAAAAUGGCCAUACACACUCAAGGUUUAGAGAAAGCAUUGACACUCGAAUUAGAGGAGAGAGAAAAGCGUGAAUUAGAAAAAAAGAGAAUACUCGCAAUACGACGUGAUACACCAUCCUAUUGGGGUCCAAAUGCAUUUGUGACGCCAUAUCGAGAAGUCAAAAUACCAAGCAGUUCACCAGAAUUUAAUAUUGUAAGUCAUUUGAUGAAUUCAAAUAUCGAAAGACAUGAUAAUAAUUUUGGAACAAUAUAUGGAAAAGACCCCACCGAAUUCAUAGUAACGAGAGUUAUUCGAAUACAAAACGAUAAACUUUGGCACGAAUAUUGUUUUAAAAAGGAAAGUAUAAUUCAAAAGAAUGAUGGUAAAAUACGUGAUCUUGCAUGUUCUAAGUAUUUACAAACCUAUCCGAUGGCAACACCAUUAUUAGACUCAUUGUCAAAUGAAUAUUGGCUAUUUCAUGGGUGUGCAGAAAAAACUCUGUACGAUCUGUCUCAUAAUGGUUAUGAUCCACGUGUAUCAAGUUUAGAUGGUAUGUUUGGCGGUGGGUUUUAUUUGGCCGAAAAUUCGAGUAAAUCAAAUCAGUAUAUUAUGUGUCCCGGGUGUAAAAAAAAUUCAAUAUUCACCGGGAGUGGUUGUUUAUGCAAAAAUCAAGAAAAUUUAGAAUUUAUGAUGGUGUUGUAUCGUGCUGUGCUGGGCGAUGUGCAUAUUGCUGCAAAAUAUCAAGCCUCCACAUAUCGCGGUGAAGGAGCACGAAAAGUUCGUCGUGCGCCGUUAAAAGAUAAUAACAUUGACAUUUACGAUUCCGUGUUGGGUGAAAAACAGACGCUCGGCGGUAACAAAUUACGAUAUCGUGAGGUUAUCCUCUACGAGCCUGGUCAAGCAUAUCCCGAAUAUCUGAUUGUUUAUAAACGAUCGGCAAAUAGGGCUCAUGCACCAACAGAUGCUGAACGUGCAUUGCAAAAAUGCUAUUACUUCCUCAAAAAUACUUUCAGAAAGAUGCCCGAUUAA